ACCGUCUGCGAGACUCGGCCGGCGAGCGGCGAGCCCUCCAGUGGUUCACUUCGCUCUUUCCCUGCGAAGCCCCACAGCCGGUAAAUCCAAUCCAAACCUCGCCGGCGACUCUCCGUACGAUUCACCUCGUCGAGGAAAAUGCGAAGAGCGGCGAGAAGCUUGUCCCUGCUUUCCGGCGGGAGCGCCGGCCGCACCUGGUCGCCGUCGCUCUUCGCGCGGGGAGCGAGCGAAGCGCCGGAGGGCGCCCGCCUCUGCUUCUCCACCGACGGCGGCGACGGCUCGAGGGUGAAGAUCUUCGACCGCGACCUCAAGCGGAAGCAGCGUGAUCGAGCUGCGUGGUUGAUGCGUCCCAGCGAUUGUUUCGUUGAUUCCGUCGCGGAGAAUCUGUUGGAUCGCUUGGAGGACUGUAAGAAAACAUUUCCGACAGCAUUAUGCUUGGGUGGUUCCUUGGAAGCUGUCAGGCGCUUGUCACGCGGUCGGGGUGCCAUUCAAAAGCUCAUUAUGAUGGAUAUGUCAUCUGACAUGAUACAGCAGUGCAAAGAGCGGGAGCAAGAUAAACCUGAUAAGAACAUUGAGAUGCUGCAUGUUGUUGGUGAUGAAGAGUUUUUGCCUAUGAAGGAAAGUUCUCUAGAUCUGGUUCUCAGUUGUUUGGGUCUACACUGGACAAAUGAUCUUCCUGGAGCGAUGAUUCAGUGUAAACUGGCAUUGAAGCCUGAUGGCCUCUUUCUAGCAGCAAUUUUGGGUGGAGAAACCUUAAAGGAACUGAGAAUUGCAUGCACCAUAGCACAAAUGGAGCGUGAAGGAGGCAUCAGUCCAAGAAUAUCUCCUCUAGCACAAGUGCGAGAUGCUGGUAAUUUGUUGACAAGAGCAGGUUUCUCUCUUCCAGGUGUUGAUGUGGAUGAAUAUGUAGUGAGAUAUAAAAGUGCUUUUGAGCUGAUAGAACAUCUCAGAGCAAUGGGCGAGACUAAUGCUCUUCAACAAAGGAUUCCUAUUUUGAAAAGGGAAACAGCUCUGGCAACUGCAGCAAUCUAUGAUUCAAUGUUUGCUGCUGAAGACGGUACCAUCCCUGCAACUUUCCAGGUAAUUUAUAUGACGGGCUGGAAGGAGCAUCCAUCUCAGCCGAAAGCCAAACAAAGGGGAUCUGCGACCGUAUCGUUCAACGACAUCCAGAAGCAGUUUGGAAAUGAGAGUUAAUCUCUCCCUGUUUAGAAAAAUUGAGAAGUUACCGUUUUCAAUGGCCCAAAGACCCGAAAGUUUGGACGGUCUUUCCAGAAAGAGAAGGUGUGACUACCUUAUCCAAGAGCCUCAGACUCGUGUUUUUUGAGAUGGCUUUGUCAUUGAUAGGAGAUAGGUAGGAUAAAGGAAUAUGAGAUCCAUCCUGUUUGCUGCACGAGAGUUUCAUGUUAAGAUGCGCUUUGCAUUCGAGGGUCCAAUGUGGAAGUUAAGAUCACCUGGAAACUCUCCAAAAUCAGGUCUCGGGAUGGAGUGCACUUUCUGCGCUGCAAUGCUCUCCAGUCGGAACACCAUGUGGGAUAGCAACUCUCCUCAUCUUUCAAGUGCUAGAAGACCAUCCUCUUUCAUUUGGUCCCCGGCAAGUCUAUUCUUUGCGUCAUGGCGUGACUUGAAUGGUUUAGAGGCCUCGCAAUUUUUGAACACUUCCAUAUCUGUAAUAAAGCACCCCAUGGACCAGCUACGUCGCAAGCAUAGAUGCAUAACUUCAGAUAUCGAGUAUCUACAACAUGCAGGAAUCGUAUUCAUGAUCUCAAGACUCUCUAGAAUCGAUCUUCGAAAUGAAUCAUCAGCACAACAAUCUUAAGGAAACAA